AUGGCAGGUUCGGAAUUACCCACGAACGGAUCUCCAAAGGGAAAGAGUAGUGGGAAAACCAGUAUAACUGGUAAGUCGACCGCUGAUCACGGGGUAUCAUCAAGAUACCCAUUUAACUAUCAUAACAUCCUUUUUAGGAGACAACGAGAAGAGUUUAUUAACUCGUUCCCAAAUUCCAUUGCCACCAUUCAAGACGAUGACGGGGAGAGCUUCCGCAUCCAUUUUGCUGCCUUGUUCUCCCAUAAACAGGAUGCCAUCCCUCUACUUCUCCUACAUGGAUGGCCAGGUUAG